UUCAGUGCGCUUGCUCGCUUUGCAGAGCAUCCCGUGCAUGUAUUUGGAUGCCAUUUGUUCACUGUGUUAGUGGGGUAGUGUAGUGUUUGUAUUGCAUUGUUUUCUCUGUGACAGCUCUUUUGGUUUAAUCAGUUUGUAAACAGGAAAAUAAUGAAAACCGUGGAUAAUUAUUCUGAGAGGACAGCAACAAAAUACCACAACAAACGCAGGACAAUGCUCCAUGCCACACAGCCAGGUCAAUCAAGGUGUGGAUGGAGGACCACCAGAUCAAGACCCUGUCAUGGCCAGCCAAAUCUCCAGACCUGAACCCCAUUGAAAACCUCUGGAAUGUGAUCAAGAGGAAGAUGGAUGGUCACAAGCCAUCAAACAAAGCUGAGCUGCUUGAAUUUUUGCGCCAGGAGUGGCAUAAAGUCACCCAACAUCAAUGUGAAAGACUGGUGGCGAGCAUGCCAAGACGCAUGAAAGCUGUGCUUGAAAAUCAGGGUUAUUCCACCAAAUAUUGAUUUCUGAACUCUUCCUAAGUUAAAACAUUAGUAUUGUGUUGUUUAAAAAUGAAUAUGAACUUAUUUUCUUUGCUUUAUUCGAGGUCUGACAACACGCAUCAACACGAAAGCAUCUUUUUUGUUAUUUUGACCAAUUGUCAUUUUCUGCAAAUAAAUGCUCUAAAUGACAAUAUUUUUAUUUGGAAUUUGGGAGAAAUGUUGUCAGAAGUUUAUAGAAAAAAACAAAAAUGUUCAUUUUACCCAAACACAUACCUAUAAAUAGUAAAACCAGAGAAACUAAUAAUUUUGUAGUGGUCUCUUAAUUUUUUCCAGAGCUGUAUAUAUAUACUGUAUAUAGUGGCAGAAUAGAGGGAGGAAAGGUGAGGUUCAGGACUACAUCCCCCAGAAUUCCACAGGGUUGGUAUUAGCCAGGAUUGGAAUCACCUGGCUCUAAUUUAAUGAGGGACAUCUGUCUGGGAUUAAGCAGGUGUGUAAAAUAGCAGGUCUGACAGGGAGGUCUGCGUUAAGGCUAAGGCCUGGAGGAAGCUCUUUGGGUACAGGCUGAUAUAAAAAGAUAUUGACAUGAAGAAAGACAUUGAGACGUUGAUAGCACAAGAACGAGCUGAAAUCAUCUCCAAAUAUGACAAGGGUCGGUGUGAAGGAGCACAGAUCGACCCCUGGGAAGAUGCUGAUUUUAAUAUAUACAAAGUCACUGACCGCUUUGGCUUCCUGCAUGAUGAGGGGCUGCCGACACCGAGUGCACUGGAGGAGAAGCAAAAACAGCAAGAGAUUGAAAGAGUGGACAAAUGGCUGAAAAUGAUAAAGAAAUGGGAUAAAUACAGAAACAGUGAGAAGAUGAUGCGGAGAGUCUAUAAGGGAAUUCCCCUGCAUCUACGAGGUCAGGUCUGGUCUGUGCUGCUCGAUGUGGAGAAACUAAAGAAUGAAAACACAGGAAAAUACGAGAAAAUGAAACAGCAAGCCAGGCACCACUCCACAGAAAUCAAACAGAUAGAUCUGGAUGUGAACCGCACCUUUAGAAACCACAUCAUGUUCAGGGAUCGCUUUGGAGUGAAGCAGCAGGCACUGUUUGAUGUCUUGGCAGCUUACUCCGUUUACAACACAGAGGUGAGCUACUGUCAAGGAAUGAGUCAAAUUGCAGCCAUCCUUCUGAUGUAUCUCAAUGAAGAGGAUGCUUUCUGGGCGUUGUCACAGCUGCUGACAAAUCAGAAACACGCAAUGCAUGGGUUUUUUAUUCCUGGAUUCCACAAGCUUCUGCGGUUUCAAGCACACCACGACCAGAUACUAUCCAGACUGAUUCCCAAGCUGAAGAAGCACUUGGACAAGGAGCAGAUGUCUACAGGGAUUUAUACCACGAAAUGGUUCCUCCAGUGUUUUAUAGACAGGACCCCAUUUACGUUGACUCUUCGUCUAUGGGAUAUCUAUAUUUUGGAAGGUGAACGGAUCCUGACUGCAAUGGCUUACACCAUACUUAAACUCCACAAGAAGACCCUGUUGAAGAUGUCCUUAGAAGAGCUGCGUGAGUUUCUUCAAGAGAAUAUUGUCAGAUCUUUUAAUUUGAAUGAUGACAUUGUCAUAGAGCAGCUCCAAGCAUCCAUGACUGAACUGCGGAAAAUGAAGCUUGAUCUUCCACCUCCAGCAAAACCUGAUGAAUUUCCCAAAAAACCACUUGGCCAGGAGAUACCAGUCACCCUUAUACCCAUGAAACCACACCAUGCUGCCAACGGGAAGAAUAAAAUCGCCAGGCCAGAGUCUGUCAAACUCAAAAUUGAGGGAGAUCAGGAAAGGAUACUGUCAGAUAACAGCCCUCUGUCACUCAAUGAGAACAAUUCUAAUACAGUUAAUGGUGAAAACCUGCCCAUUCCUUCUCCAGAGCCCGUUCUGGUUCAUGCUCACAAACUGCACAAUGACUCCUUGCCAGGAGAGCAGCCCUUCACUCUUGCUGGAAGUCAAGUCAAUGCCUCAGAAACAAGCCGGCCUCUGAUUUUGGAAAACCCUAGCACUUUUUCAGCAAGAGAGAAUAUAGCUUCUACUGGGCCUGGGGUCUCAAAUUUUAACAAAGAUAUUAUUUCAGAAAAGGAGGAGGGAACCCCCUUGUUAGAAAACCUUGCAGGUCCUGCUAUGGAAGGAGGUUUCCAUACAGCAGAGGGAUGCUUUCCUGCCCUGGAGAUAAAAACUAAAGCAGACGAGAGCCAAGUUGCCAUUCACACAGAGCAACAGCAAGAGCUAAACGACUGGCCCCCACCGUAUGUACCUGUUGAGACUGAUAGUACAUGCUGUACUGCUCAGGUAGUAGAGAAUGAGGAAUUAUUCGUACAACAGCCAGAAGACUUUGACUUGCCUCCACCCCCACCAGAAUCGUAUCUUUGUGAUGACUGUUGCACUGCUCUCCUACCUCAAGAUGAUAUUUCUUUCUCAGAAGACCUACCACUGCCCUCAGAUCCAGUUCCCCUCCUAAUUAAGGAGGACCUCUCCUUUCCCCCGCCUAUACCAGAAGACAAUAUGGUUACUCUUGGGGUACCAGAACACUUGGGAGAAAGACGGCCCUCAAAUACAUCCCAUUAUGAUAAUUUGUCAGAAGGGGAAUUUGAGGAUCAGUACUUGGUCAAACUUCUUGAACUGACUGGUACUGGAUCUCAAAGUGAAAUUGCAGUACAAAGCUCAGAAGUAUCCAACCUUCCCAAACCUCCUGAUGACAGUUCAAACAUGCCGGCACUGUUGGAGAAAGAGGACUUUGCAUUGUUUCCUCCACCGCCACCACCACCUUUACCCUUUUACCCACCAAAGCAAACAUCUGCAGCUUCUUCCAGACAACCCCCAUUCCUCCAGAUUUAUGACCCCAAUCAAGAUAUAGGCUACACGGGGCAAGAGUACAGCAGGACUGUUACCAACCAAUCGUCUGUUCAAGAGGAGGCACUGAGUCCAUUUCAAAUAGUCAGAUCCACCCCCCCGAUCCAUAUGGCCUACGCCCGGGGGCGCAACCACUUGAACCAAAAGCAAGUAGCCUUGCCCAUCCAGGACGAGCUGAUAGAAAGCUGUAAUGAAGCAGCUAAGCUCUUCAUAGUUGAAGAAGGGGAACCUACACACUGUCCAAGAGACAUUUCUACUGUGUUAGUGAGAAGGAAGCCUUCUCCCAUCCUAACCUCGCUGCCCCCUGCAGUAAAAGCUAAAUCAGUCCCCACUGCCCAUUCAGAUACAGAAUGCUAUCGGGCACACUCCUCAAAUCCCCAGCUUUCUAAAUCAGUAACAUUUUAAAUUACAGCUUGAUGGCUUUGGGCAGACUUUAAGUUUGCCGAACACUUUGUGAAUAAAACUUUUUUUUUUACUGGAACUGUCUACUCUGAUGUAACUAUCUGCAAAUUAUUUUGCUUUGAUAUGUAUGUCACGUAUCCAGGGUCAUUCAUCAGCUGUGGAAUAAAACCGAACAAAAACUGGUCUCAAAUGAUCUUCAACCGAACAUUAGAUCACAACAUUAGAUCACUGUGACUUAGUAAAUAACAGCUCCCAUACUGAGCAUGAGAGUUCUCUGGUUUGAGUUAAGUGUCAGGUAGACACUACAAACCAAUGGAGUGACUCUCUGAUUGGUCUUUUUAAUGAUCAUUUAAUGAUCCGGGGUCCAGUGUGUACUUAAUAAAUACCAAAUCACAGUUAUGUAUAACAGUAACAUAUUAAGUGCCAAUUUCUGACCAACCUUCUGCGUUUUCCAAAAUGAGCAGCUGUUACACAAGCUUCUUCCUUCAUUAGAUGUAAACAUACUGUGCAAUUACUAAUGCUUUAACUUUUAGAAAUGUGUAAAUGUCUUGCAAGUUUUCCUAACCUUUUAUUUACUACUUUGAAAAGUAUGCUUUUUAAAGUUUCUAUUUUUUAGAUUCACACCAUUAUUUUUUUAACAUAUUUCACCAUGACUUUUUGAUCAGUUCCGCUUCUUAAAAAACAGAAAUACGACUGAAUAUAUGAAGGACUAAUGACCAACUUAAAUGUAUUUAUUUAUUGAAUUGUGCACAGACAGUUAUUCAAAGAGCGACAAAAAGCCAUAUAUUAAAACAGAAAUGUUUUAUUUUUUACGUGUUUUAAAUAAACAGUACAGCAUUGGCUUUUUAGCAACUUCUGUGCUUAAAAUCUGUAAUCUGCAAUUUCCUAAUGGUGGAUGUCAUGCUCAUUAUGUCUUUUCUAUAUCAUUCACUAUUCCUGUGGCUGCUUAGAUUAUUAUUUACCAGCCUAAUGAACUAUUUCAACAAAAUGUCCUUCAACCACUUCAAAAAGCUCUCAAGUGAGAAGGGUUGAAAAAGGACCACAAGGGCUGUAUAGCUGUAAUCCCUGUCUCCUCUGAAACUGGGAUAUUUGUUUACACAUUUUUUCAUUUUCUAACUUAGUUAGAGGGGACAUAUAUUACAGUUGCACACCAUUUAAAAAUUCAGCUUUUAGAAGUGGUUGAAUAUUUUACUUUGAUAGAAUGGUCAUUAAUGAUCUAAGCAAUGAAGAAAGAUAGAAGACACACAUAGUUGGGUAUGAAACAGAUAAUAGAUCAAAUAUUCUGAAUUUGGAUGAUCUGAAAAUCCCUGUAAUGGCUAUUGGUAAUCUGCAUAUUAACAGAUCUAUGUGUCCCUAAUAAAGGUACUAGAAUCCACCCCCAAAGUAUUUAUUAAUACUUACCAUGGUUUCUAUGGUUCUGUAUCAGGUUCAGGUGGGGUGGUAGUGCAGGUGCUCUGUGGUUCUGUAUCAGGUUCAGGUGGGGUGGCAGUGCAGGUGCUCUGUGGUUCUGUAUCAGGUUCAGGUGGGGUGGUAGUGCAGGUGCUCUGUGGUUCUGUAUCAGGUUCAGGUGGGGUGGUAGUGCAGGUGCUCUGUGGUUCUGUAUCAGGUUCAGGUGGGGUGGUAGUGCAGGUGCUCUGUGGUUCUGUAUCAGGUUCAGGUGGGGUGGCAGUGCAGGUGCUCUGUGGUUCUGUAUCUGAUUCAGGUGGGGUGGUGGUGCAGGUGCUCUGUGGUUCUGUAUCAGGUUUAGGUGGGGUGGUAGUGCAGGUGCUCUGUGGUUCUGUAUCAGGUUCAGGUGGGGUGGUAGUGCAGGUGCUCUGUGGUUCUGGAUCAGGUUCAGGUGGGGUGGUAGCGCAGGUGCUCUGUGGUUCUGUAUCUGAUUCAGGUGGGGUGGUAGUGCAGGUGCUCUGUGGUUCUGUAUCUGAUUCAGGUGGGGUGGUAGUGCAGGUGCUCUGUGGUUCUGUAUCAGGUUCAGGUGGGGUGGUAGUGCAGUUGCUCUGUGGUUCUGUAUCAGGUUCAGGUGGGGUGGUAGUGCAGGUGCUCUGUGGUUCUGUAUCAGGUUCAGGUGGGGUGGUAGUGCAGUUGCUCUGUGGUUCUGUAUCAGGUUCAGGUGGGGUGGUAGUGCAGGUGCUCUGUGGUUCUGUAUCAGGUUCAGGUGGGGUGGUAGUGCAGUUGCUCUGUGGUUCUGUAUCAGGUUCAGGUGGGGUGGUAGCGCUGGCUUCAUAGCUUCAGCUCCGGUGGUGUCCGCCUGCACAAAAUACAAAAACAAUAACAAACACAGCGCUCCAGCUUGUCUACUUGUCAGUGUAAGGAUCUGUACUCACGUAGCUGCAUCCCCUUUGUACUGCCAAACUCCUCCCCAUGAUCAGCACGGCGCGACGCUCUAUCCAAUUGCAAUGCACAACCUGAUCACAAUAGAGUUGUUUGGGGACUUGUUUAGCACGGCCUUUCACCAAGAUGUCCGAUUUUAGGUUCCGUACUACCAUUGAGGCGGCCCGUCCCUGUGAAUGCAUACCACCAACCUUACUUAGCGCCCUUCCUGGUCGGAAGGUAGAUUUGCAGCUCCAGUUCAUUCUCUCCUGUUCACAUGGGGUUUUACAGUUUUAGGGAGGGAUAGCAAGAGUUUAGAACCGAUUUGUAAAGCUCUGUCAAUAAUUAUGCACCACAAAGCUUUAAUUUGUUUGUUUUUUUGUUUAUCAUACUGUAUAUUUUGAUGCAGAAAAAAAUGUAGAAUUUCAUUUGGCUUUAAAAGAUUUUUGCAGUAUAAAAUGCUAAUUCUUUUGAUAUAUGUACAGCAAUAAAUAAUGUUUUGUAGGAGUAUUGUAGAUAUUUUGUAUUUUAAAAGUAUGAAUAUUUCUAGUUUCUCAAGUACUUUUGAAUGGGUUUGUAAAUAGAAUCACAUAGAUUGUGCCUUCAUCUGUGUUACUUUUGUGUACCCGACUUACCUUAUUCUUGUGUUUUUUAUGUUAUAGAGGAAGUUGGUGUAUGAAUAAUACCAUAUUUGUGGCAUUCAUUACUAGUUCCUGGACGUUUGCAUAGGCUUUCAUUUUCAUAUAUGGGUGCUGUACGAUACCAGCUGAUAUCCACUCUAUGAUCGGUCAGAGCAGUCAGCUCUUCAGUGGGGUAACGUCUAUCGUAACUACCUAUAAUAUCCCUGUGACGGGGAACUCCCCGCCCCUGUGCAUAAUAUGUAUUAUUUUGUAUGAUUAUUAUGAUUAUUAUUUAUGUAUUUAGAAUAUGACAACAAAAGCCCUUUUGUUUAAAUGUAGGACGGGCGGAAAUGCCGUCCGCUAUUUGUUUUGUUUUAAAUUCCUUGUGGAAGUCAGCGAUUGAAUUAGCUGACAGUCACACAUCUUUAGUAAACCUGUGCAGAAUAUGACCGAGGGGUUGACUAGAUAAUUAGUAGCUGGUUAAUCCCUCGGUCACCACUAUAAGAACCCCGGUAGCUUUGGCUGCAGGGGGGAGUGAUUUGGGGAGUAUAGGAGAGAGCACGAAUGCUACUGGUGUCUGUGUGAAAAAGGUACUUGUGUGUUUGUAUUUGCUUUGUUUUGGCCCUUGUGUCUGUUUAUUUGUAUUUAUUCUGAAAGUCUUUAUUUUGUUAAUUUGGUAUUUACUUAAUAAAUACGCUGCACAGCCAUGAGGUUUUCCCCCGCAUUCCUACCUGUGUUAUCCUUCCUGGUUCUGACGUCACCACCCACAUCACACCCCUCACAUCCUGACAAUCCCCUUCUGUCACAUUUUUUAAAUUACAAUUUUUUUAAUUUUUAAAACAUUUGGUGUGAACUUCAUGGGGUUUGAUAAGUUGCCCUGCCAACUGCCUUUGAGAAUUAUGCGCUACCGAAUGCAAACAAAACAGACUUUCAAGGUUUAAUAAAAUAUAACGACUGGAUAUUUCAUGUUUUGUGGGAAACUGUUGUCCCCUGGGGUUGAUAUAGUGGUCUCCAGGGGGCACUAUCAUACACUAUGGGGGGCAAGACAAUCAAUAACUACCCUGCAGGGAAGUACUUUUUUAGGCAGUUUGCAAACUUCCAGGGCUCCAGACUGCAACUAAACUAUUUUUUUGGCAACUGUCUUUUUGGUGUUAGUCCCCAUUGGCACCUGUAACCCAAACAGUGCUGCCUCUCCCUUUAAAACCUUUCAGAGGGCAGUCGGUCUGUAAGUAUCACAUUUAUCAAAGAAAAGUGUGAGAAGGACGGUAACAAUCUGAUUAGAUACAAAUGUCUAAGUCCAAAAGUGCUGUGAAACCUGCAGAACAUGAAGUACCGUAAUCCCAGUUUCAUGCAACAGGAGGGUGGUGACCAAACGUGUGUGAGUACAGUUUUGUAAAAAUGUACCUUUAAAAUCAGUUGCAUUCAAUAAAUUUAGAACAAGAAAAAUGAAUAUAAAUGCACUUAAUGGUGUGUUGCACACUAAUAAAAUGCCCCGAAAACUAAAUAAUCAUAAUGAUGGGCUGAAAUGCGGAAAAAAGGUCAAGAAUUACAAAAAAAAAAGUGAACUGUACCAAGCUGAAAAAAAGUUUCUUUGUGAAUUCCAAUAUACCAAUGUUGUCUUUUUUUCAUUUGUUGCAUCUUCUUUAGCAGACACAUCUAUCCCAGAUAUAAUAGAUUUGGUUACAUUGUUUACCGUCAGGAGUUUGACGAUGAUUUAAUUGCACAGCAAUUAGAUGAGCCAAAACGCAGGCACAGCAAUUCAAGACGUUCCCAUGAUGGAAAAACAAUAACUGUAUCAGCAACAACAACAAUUCACAUGUCUAUAGCACCUUUCAUCACACGGAUCCCAAAGCGCUUCACACACACACAGAAAUUAACAAUUUAAGCAUUAAAUUAAAAAGUCUAAUACAGAAUUUGAUUAAAAAAACAAAACAAAUGAAAAUAGAUACACAAUGUGUUUUUUUUCAAUUGUAAAAAAGCUAGUUUACAGAAAUAAAACAAUUAAAAUAAAGCCCUAAAUGGAUUAGCACCUAGUUUGCAGGAGUUACUGACCCCAUAUCAUCCAAAUCGCAAUCUUAGAUCACAGGAUGUGGGCUACUGGUUAUUCCAAGGGUCAACAAAAUUAACAUGGGAGGAAGGGCUUUUUCUUGUAGAGCUCCUAAAUUAUGAAAAGCCCUCCCUCCCUUUCGUCAGGGAAGCUGGGACUGUUACAGUUUUUAAGUCAAGACUGAAAAAAUACUUUUAUAAAACGGCUUUCUUAUCUUGGUGGGUUUUAAUAUCACUUUUAAAUUGCUGUUUUUUAACAUAUCUUUUGGUAUAUACUGUUAUUUAAAUAUGCUAUUUAAUAUGUAGCAGUUGUGUGUGUGACAUGCCUGGGGGCCUUCAUACAAAUAUAUUGUGUUGUGUAAAUAUUAAUGCCUUUGCAAUGUACUGUACAGUGCUUUGCAAUGGUUUUGUAUAAAAAGCGCUUUAUAAAUGCAAUAAAUAAAAUACAUUAUUGGUUUUGAUUAAGUUAGAUAAAUAUUAAUUAUCUAACCAAUGCCAGCGCAUUCCUAAAAUGUACCUGAUGGCUUCUCCAUGCAAAGUAUCUAGAUUCCUAAACUGAGUUUUGUACUAAAGCAGAGUCAGCUGUUGCAGGGAAAACUGAGUUUGUUUCUCAAAAUGACCGUUUCAAGAACAAUUAAAGCAGAAAGCACAGAAGUACUGGGACCUUAAUUAGGAAGUGUACAUCUUCCCAGACACGGCAGCCAGAGCAAUGUGCUACUGAAGUAACUGCUGAGAAAAAAAAAACAGGGAAUGAGAAAUGAAAUUUAAAUGCACUUGAUUGCAGUAGAAAACCUGCCAUUCACUGCUAAUGAAAAUAAUUGCUUGGAAAUAUCAAAAAUAUAAACAUGUUGUUUUCAUGGCAGUUGUCAGGUGCAUAGAUUACCCAUUCAGCAGAAUGAGGCAAUGCACAAAUGAGUACAUAUUAAGUUUAUGUUUCAGUAUCACUUACUGUAGUGUCAUAAUAAAUUUAUGUUGUAUUUUAAGCAGAUGAAUAUAGUAGCAACCAACUUGCUCCUAAAAUAGCACCCAACAGUUCAAUUUAUAUUAAUUAUUGUUAUAGAUUAAAAGAGUUAUAAAAACAUGAUCAGCAAUCUAUAAGGAAUUAUAUUUUCCCAAAUGAAUCAAGCAAGAAGCAGGAACAGAUUCUGGACAUGCCUUGUUCAUGUGAAAUGUCAAUUUUGUGUCACUUUAUAUGCAAGAUAUCUGCCAAUGCAGGGGCUUCUGGUGUGUUAUCUAUAUAAUAGAUGCCUUGAAGCAAAAUUGGUCAAUGACAAGAUUUAUGAUUCUCAAUUCAACACAAAUGCAGUUUGUAAAGAAAGGCUGUCAGUCACAACUAAAUUGUAAUACUUUUAAAAAGAAUUCUGAGAGCUGGAUUUGUUCCUUGUACCUCAGGGAUCUGAGGUAAGUUGCCUAUACACUGGGCUGCUGACGGCUGGAAAUCAAGAUAAAGCACAGAUAAAGUACUGUAAAGCACAUCAGUACAGUUCACUUACUCUCCCGAUGUGCUUUAAAUGUGGGUAUAGGGUAGCUAGCCAUGGCUCUGAUUUCCUCCUGGCAAUAUUUUGUGUCUUGUAUAUCUAGAUAAAUAUUAAUAACUAUGUGAUUUAUUUGCAACACUGACCAAUAGGACAUUCGUUAAUGUGUGACGAUGUUUCAAUGCGAAAUGCUAUUCUGGAUGAAAUAAGAUUAGUGCAGAAUGAAACUAUGGCCAUAUCAAAUAACUUUAUUAUAAUAACCACCUUGACAAAUAAACGGCUUGCUAUUGUUUUUAAUGGAAUGAAACCAGUUUUGAAUGGUAAAAUGUACUGCACUGUGCUGUUUCCGUUUAUUCAGGGGGAACUGGUUUGGAGAAAACAUGUGCGCUUGACUAUUUUUAGAGCCCCUUGUUUUUUGCAAAUGCGAAAUAAAACUAAAUAAAAUGAUAUGCAAAUAUAAAAAGAAAAAUCAUUAUAAAGCAAAGAUAGAAUGACAUUUUUAAAUUGGGAGGUUUAUACCAAAAAUACUUUACAUAAAUACAGUGUACUUAGUGUUUAUAAGAAUCACUGAUAUAAGAAUGAACCACAUAUAGUGAUCAAAACCAGUGGGACAAAAUUAUGCCUAUACUAACCAAUGUAAAAUAAUCUGCUUGUAUGAAUCAAGCAAUCCGUUUAAAAUAAUCAUUUCAGGGCAAACUGACUAUGUGUAAUAUGGUACUUGAUCAAGUGCAAUGAUAUGUACAGCCAAUAAAGCUGUUUUUUAAUUAAAAUUUGAUCACAUCUUGCGUGAUUAGGCACGUACGCAGCGUGGAUCGUGCAGUGAUGCAGGAAACACUGCUUUGUUUGUAAGGUAUGUAUUUUGUGUUCUCUGUUGGUGAAAAUUUGUUUCAAUAAAGUGAAUACUUUAAAUACAUACAUUCAUUGAUAACAUACUGAGUACAGCAGUGUUAUUGUGUGAUAUGCAUGUAGAGGGAGUGGGAUUGCAGUGCGUGAGGAGGAGGGGGGGGGGAUUGCAGAGCUUUGCAUCUCCACUUAGUGAAAAACUGUGAGAUUUGCAUCGCAACAGAAAAAAAGCAA